AUGAAAACAUACAUGUUAACCAGAGGAGGCAGUGGAACAACUGAACAACCAAAGAAGGGGAUUGUCCCUUUCUUUUUUCUUUUUCUUUUUCUUUUCAGGUUUGGAAGGGCAGGCACUGCACCGUUUUAUGUAUGUACCUUUUGCAGUGCAGGGCUGCAGGCCAGGGAUGAGGUUAUCUCUAUGCAUGUCUUAACUAAUAUGAUGUGUUCCAAACACUUGUGAAAGGGACCUGGUCUUCCUGCAUGCUUGAACUUGUCAACCAAGUGUCCAAAGUGUCCUUCCUUUGGUCUCACCUCACCUGCCAAUGCUAUAAGUUGCUUCCAUGCCUUGGGCUUUGCUCUCAAGCCUUGCCAGUUGAGAGACUCAUAUAUCUUAGACCACAGCUCAACUUUGCUCACACAUGCAUGCACAUAUGCACACAUAGAUACAUACAUAUAUGUGACUUGUUUUGCUUCAUGCUGUUAAGUUGCUCCAUCUGUUAAGCAGCUCAGGUUUCAGCUAGAGCUACUGGGGUGCAGGAUCAAUCUCAGGGUCCAUACAGAAGCGGAGUUCUAUCGACAAAGUUUCGUCGUCGAGCCAGCUGCCCUGUGCUGAUUCGAGAAGAGUUUCACACAAGGAUUUGAUCUGAGCUGCUGCGGCGGUGCAUCGAGAUGAGAGGCUUUGCUUGCGCUCAUGCAGAGAAACGGCAUCGCUUGGACAGAACUUUCAGCAAGCCGAGCAACAAGGGUUACAUCGGAAGCUACUACGCGAAGGAUGCAAAGUACAAGCCAUUCAGCGCGCUCCUGCAUGAAGGCUCGAGCGGCAAGCUGCUCUACGUGAAGCUCGUCCUCGUGCUCCUCAUGUGCGGCUCCUUCAUGGGCCUUCUCCACUCGCCAUCGAUCCACCUUGCCGAUGAACACCACCACACACAACCAGAGGCGUCGAAAGCGAGCUGGAUGUCGCACCCCGACGCGCCGAAUUCGGGGUACGCGUCGAGCCUGAAGAUCGAUUGGUCGCAUGUCGAAGCGGCGGUGAAAGAAGUCGCUCGAGCAGAGGAUGGCAGUGGCGCGCGGGUGGCGCUGCUCAACUUUGGCGACGACGAGGUCGGCGAGUGGAGGGCGCGGCUGCCGCACACGGCGGCCGACCCAGUGCACCUGGACCGCGUCGGGAGCGACGUCACCUGGGAGCACCUGUACCCGGAGUGGAUCGAUGAGGAGGAGCUGUACGGCAGGCCAGCGUGCCCUGACCUGCCGGAGCCCGCGGUGGCGCCGGAGGCGGAGGGGCUAGCACCCCAGUACGACAUCGUCGCGGUGAAGCUGCCGUGCGGCCGCGCGGCCAGCUGGUCCAAGGACGUGGCGCGGCUGCACCUGCAGCUGGCCGCGGCGCGCCUCGCCACGCGCCACGGCCACCGGGCGGUACACGUGCUCGUGGUGAGCCGGUGCUUCCCGAUGCCGAACCUGUUCAAGUGCAAGGACGAGGUCGCGCGCGACGGCGACGUGUGGCUGUACAGGCCAGACGUUGACGAUAUGAGGCGGAAGCUCGAGCUCCCCGUGGGAUCCUGCAAGCUCGCCAUGCCAUUCAAAGCUCUGGGGGAACCGUACGUCUCGGCGGCGCCACAGCGUGAGGCGUACGCGACGAUCCUACAUUCGGAGCAGCUGUACUCGUGUGGUGCCAUCACCGCGGCGCAGAGCAUCCGGCUGGCGGGGUCGGACCGUGACAUGGUGGCCCUGGUCGACGAGACGAUCAGCGCGCGGCACCGGGGCGCGCUGGAGGCGGCCGGGUGGAAGGUGCGGACGAUCAGGCGCAUCCGCAACCCGCGGGCGUCGCCGGGCGCGUACAACGAGUGGAACUACAGCAAGUUCUGGCUGUGGACGCUGACGGAGUACGACCGGGUGAUCUUCCUGGACGCCGACCUGCUGGUGCAGCGGCCGAUGGAGCCGCUGUUCGCGAUGCCGGAGGUGAGCGCGACGGGGAACAACGGCACGUACUUCAACUCCGGCGUGAUGGUGGUGGAGCCCUGCAACUGCACGUUCCGGCUGCUGGCGGAGCACGUCGGCGACAUCGAGUCGUACAACGGCGGCGACCAGGGGUACCUCAACGAGGUGUUCUCGUGGUGGCACCGCCUGCCCUCGCACGCAAACUACAUGAAGCACUUCUGGGAGGGGGACACCGAGGAGCUCGCCGCGACCAAGCGCCGCGUCCUCGCCGCCGACCCGCCCGUGGCGCUCGCCGUGCACUUCGUGGGCUUGAAGCCGUGGUUCUGCUUCCGCGACUACGACUGUAACUGGAACGUGGCCGCGCUGCGCCAGUUCGCCAGCGACGAGGCGCACGCGCGGUGGUGGAAGGUGCACGACACCAUGCCGCCGCGGCUGCAGGGGUUCUGCCUGCUGGACGAGCGGCAGAAGGCGCUGCUGCGGUGGGACGUCGCGCGGGCGAGGGAGGCCAACUUCUCCGACGGGCACUGGAGCGUCAGGAUCGCCGACCCACGCCGGAGGAUUUGCGCCGGCGCCGGCGCCGGCGAGGCGUGCCGCGAGAGGGAGAUCGCCGGCAGGCGGGUGGAAGGGAACCGGAUCACCACGUCGUACGCCAAGCUCAUCGACAAUUUCUGACGGCAAUAACAUCAGCCCGGCCGUUGCCGGUUGAUCCAACGGUGCAAGCGCCGCGUGUCGAGAGAGGCCUUCGAAUUUUGACGACAUCCACGACGAGCUGACGGCUGAGAUGCCCUCUGCUGUCACGUGUUUAAUAUGCUCACCAUCCCCCGGAAAAUAAUCUGCCGGCUCGUGACAUGGAUGCCACGUGGAUAGUUGCUGUCUGAUUUUGCCUAGCAAACAAGAAAAACGCAACCAUCCGCCGGCUCGUUGUCCUCUCAAUCACAAGGACCUUCCCGGCGUCCAGGGGCGCUACUUAUUGGAUCUGGACGCUACUUAUUGGAAUCUGCAAUGCAACAAUGGCAAGAAAAUAAUUAGGGGGCAACUCGCCAUCCGGCGACUGAAAAUUAAGACGAUUGCUCCUGGCCGUCGGGUGCGCAUCCAACUGUCAGUACCUUUCUUCUACCUCUAGACCAGCCUCUUCUCUCUCACUCAUCCUCCCGCCUCCGGCGGCUGAGAUCGCUGGGGAGUUCGGUCGACUGAAGCCGAGACUUCCCGAAAGAAUUAUUACCGUCCUCUUUGCUUCCCUUUCUCAUGCAACAGAAAAGAACCUUUGCUUCCACUCGAUUUUCAGGGGACAUAAGGUUACAAUCUUUAUCACAUUCAGUGUUGUCUUGCUAAGAAUUGCGAAAUUCCUAGAGUUCCUUGUGAUGA